AUGGCUCUGCGGUCGCCGGGCGAGGCCGGACCUCCGGACAAGGUGGGCUACCCGCCCGAGAGACUCCAGAGCAGCCCCCAACACCUGGCCCCCUACUACGCGCCCUUCGCACCCUAUGGACCCCAUGGGACCAGCCUGGCCGCCGCGGGGGAGGAUUACCAACCUUUCCCCGUCCCCACCGUGUCUGCGCCCCAGGCCGUGGCCCCCUUCGCGCUGCGGACCGCCGCUCCCUUGCUGAGCCCCGGCCUGGCCCUACCGAGGGAGCCGCUCUACGAGCUGCCCUGGCCCGGCAAGCUGGCACCGUGGUACCCAUUCCCCCCCUUCACCAAGGAGCUGCCACCCUUCGUCAGCAGCGGCCGCGACUAUCCCGGGGCCACCGGUGAAGACGUGGCCCACGUCGGUCGAGGCGACAGCGGCCAGUGUUAUGCACCUGAGGUUUUCCUGCCACCGCCGCCCCCUGUGGGGGCUUCCCUGUUGCCCGAGGGGCUGAAGACCUCCCAGGCACCACCUCACUUCCCCAGCAAGCGGCCCGAGGAGGACCCCAAGCUCCUGAGCCAGGAGAGGACGUCGGCUCCUCGCUACCACUUCACCCAGGAGGACCUGCACUUAGUCCUGUACGGAUUCCUUCCCGGCCUGGAGCACUCGCCAGAGCGCCUGCACCAUGCAGCUUCCGGCCUCCUGGUCCCCGCGGACAGCGCUGGGUCCGAGUGUCUUCCUCAAGCUCUGGAUCAGGAUGCACUUCAACUGCCAGAAGGUCUCUGCCUCAGGCAGAUGCUGUUUGGAGGUGUCCCGCAUUUUGGUGUGUUCUGCUAUAGCCUCAUUGCCAAAGGUGUCAGGUUUGGACCCUUUCAAGGUAAAGUGGUCAACGCCAGUGAAGUCAAGACCUACGGAGACAAUUCUCUGAUGUGGGAGAUCUUUGAAGAUGGUCGUUUGAGCCACUUUAUAGAUGGAAAAGGAGGUGCAGGGAACUGGAUGUCCUACGUCAACUGUGCCCGGUUCCCCAAGGAGCAGAACCUGGUUGCAGUGCAAUGUCAAGGGCAGAUAUUUUAUGAGAGCUGCAAAGAGAUCUCCCAGAACCAAGAGCUGCUGGUGUGGUACGGAGACUGCUAUGAAAAGUUUCUGGACAUUCCCGUGAGCCUUCAGGUGACGGAGCAGGGGAAGCAGGCGCCCGGGCCCUCUGAAGAGUCUGCAGAAGGGUACAGAUGUGACCGAUGUGGAAAGGUGUUUACCUACAGAUACUACAGAGACAAGCAUCUCAAGUACACCCCCUGCGUGGACCAGGGCGACAGGAAGUUCCCCUGCCCUCAGUGCAAAAGAUCCUUUGAGAAACGGGACCGGCUCCGAAUCCAUAUCCUCCACGUUCACGAGAAGCACCGGCCUCACAAGUGUUCUACAUGUGGGAAAUCUUUCUCUCAGUCUUCCAGCCUAAACAAGCACAUGAGAGUUCACUCUGGAGACAGACCCUACCAGUGUGUGUACUGUACGAAG